AGAUCGGAUCCCUCCGGUCAGACCCAACUGAAGCGAGCAUCCAUAAACUCUGCAUACUUCAAAGAUGCGAGUCACAAGUAAGAGCAGCAUUCUGAUGAUGGACACACUGUCCCAAUAGUCUCACGACCCACCGUCAAGCCGAAGAUCACCGCUCAACUGAGUGAAUUUGCUCAGCAACCCACGCGGUCUCCCCACCUCUCAGGAAGUCAUUCUACGCCCAUAAGUUCGCUCAGGAAACACAUUGUCUCCUCUCCUCCUUCCUCCCAUCCUCCAUUCCGAUAUACACCAUCAUCCUCUCAUCAUGACGUCGAACGCGCUACCACCAAGCUAUUAUGGCACAACGACUGUCAUUCCCGAGAAACCUGCCCAAUCGACCGCUUACCACAUCACACUCCAAAGAUGCAAGAGGCUCGUCGAGCUCGAAAGCGGUCGUUCAGCCACAUGCGGUUUACUCGAGGACACCAAUGUCGCAAUCGUCCUCUCGCACACAGACACAUGGGACGAAGUCCAGGACAAGAUCUGGCUGCUGUAUCAAAAGGCUUGGCCGGCUAUUCUAGGAGACAAGGAGAGAAAGGACUACGCCUCUGGCGGUCUUGAUGUGCAGUAUUCUGCUCUGGACGGAACGGUUAUGGGGAGGAUCCAAUUGCUCUAUUCCAAAGGAGAUGCUUUCUGGGACCUCGUCCACAAUGGGGAUAUCAAGAUUGUCAGGUUCAUCGCGCAUUAUGCACCUCUUGUCGGAGAGGCUGCUGGGGAAGUCAGGUGCAGCCAUGAUCAUUUCCGUGGGUUGACCUUCACCGAGAAGAAGAAGAACAAGGAUUACGUCAAGGAGUUGGUCAAGGAGAUCAAGAUUGAAAAGAAGGCCCAGAGGAAGCACCACUGCAUCAUUCAAUGAGUCGUUGAGAUAGCCGGCGAGCUUCCAGUCAGAGUGAUUGAUUGGUAGUCCGACCCUGACCAGGUGAUCCUGUUCCUCGACUUCCUGCCGUCAACCAAAAAGUAUUUCUUUUCCCUCCAUUCUUUGCAAGAGGGUAGUGUUUACUACACAUAGCCACUCUCGUGGCUCCGUGAGACGCCAAUUCUGAUUACUACUACACAAUGCUUAAACACAAUCCAAUCAACCCAGUGUUAUUUUCCAGAGUUCUUCC